UGUCUAGAGGCUUGCAGUUUCCAAAGCGCUUUAUUCAUCCUGCGUGUGCUGCGCCAGCGACCAAGACACUUGAGCUUUCUAGGCAUUUGUGGGCAGAACUGCUCUCUCUGAUCGAUACCAGAACCUUCCGACCCCGCGGAAACCUGGGCAAAGUACUUGUGCGGCUUUGGGAAUCUGCGCAGCCGUGUUUCUGCCUUUUAGGAGGCAACUCCUGUAGAGGCGGAGCCGGCUCUUAACUUGGUCCACCCCCGAGAAGGCGGGCGUGCCGGUGUUCCGUGGCCCGGAAGCCGAGGGUCCUGGGUUGGAAUCCCGCCCCUGGCGCUCAUUCGCCGAGCCCCGUCGCAGCGGCCGCUUCCCUCUCGGAGUCUUCGCCAACUAUUUUUGCAGAAUGGAAACGGACUGUAAUCCCAUGGAGCUGAGCAGUGUGUCAGGAUUUGAAGAAGAUGCAGAGCUUAAUGGCUUUGAAGGAACUGAUAUGAAAGACAUGAGACUGGAAGCUGAAGCAGUUGUAAAUGAUGUUCUCUUUGCUGUUAACACCAUGUUUGUCUCAAAAACCCUGCGCUGUGCAGACGAUGUGGCCUAUAUCAAUGUGGAAACAAGAGAAAGGAAUAGAUACUGCCUGGAGCUCACUGAAGCCGGGCUCAGGGUGGUAGGUUAUGCUUUCGACCAGGUGGAUGAUCAUCUACAGACCCCCUACCAUGAAGCAGUCUACUCCUUGCUGGAUGCGCUCAGCCCUGCCUACCGGGAAGCAUUUGGAAAUGCACUCCUUCAAAGACUGGAAGCGUUGAAAAGGGAUGGGCAGUCGUGACUAAGUUUUCUCCUGUUAGAGAGGCCGCUGCUGGUACACAGUGCUCACCUAAAGCCCGAAAUUCUUCCACAUGGUCAUAGUAGAAAAUGCACCUUUGAUUUUGUGUCUUUAUCAUUUUUUGCUUCACAUUUAGGCUUUUGAUUCAGAACUUUAUUGACUAAUGAAUUGUCUUCCUUAGUUUGUGAUUCAUUAAGGAAAUCCUGAGGCCAUUGCUGUGACACCGUCAUUAAGACAUUCAAAUUUCUUCAUACAGUAUCUCUGGCAUUCUGAAAACCUAAUCAGUAUUUCAUUCUCUUAUUGCAGGACUUUGAGGCUGCCAGCACACUCUCUUACAUAGGAAAUUCUAGAUUUGCACAGUAAUGUAGGAAAUAAACUAACUUCAGACUUUGAUUCAGCUUACUAAUCAGGGGUUUGCUACUAGCUUGGACUGACUUUCUAGUAAUUAUUUUGCUACUAGCCUUAUUGGAAACAAAUUAUCAACUAGUUUCCCCUGCACAAAUUUUGAAAUUCACUGCUUCAUGUAAUCUAUUUAUAUUAUUAAUAUGGACUGAUAAAGAUGAAUUAAUUCUAUAUUACGUAGCUAGUAUUAUGUGAAGAACAGGUACUGAAAUAGUACUGUAUUCCUGUUUGCAACAGCCAGCCAAGUAAGAGGACAAACCGUUAGCAAAUGAAUGCAACAAUUACUUGUUUCCAAGAUAUUUAAGCACAUAAGCAAAUAUAGGAACAGGCUCCAUUCUUUUCCUAACAAAAAGCGUCUUCAGUGUGUGUGAUUUAAAAGAAAAAAAGACUCUGAUUUCCUAGAAAACAAUAUUUUGGCCUGUGUUGAUUCUUAUUAUGAAUGUUUGUUUACAUAAUGUACAGUAUAUAUUCAGAAAGUAUUUUUGCUUCAAUGUUUCCUUUCUAUGAUAUAGCGCUUUGGUAUUCCCACAGCACCCCUCCUUCCCCAACAGAUGUACAGUGUUCUGUCUCAAUGCUAAAUCUGUAGUGUCAUUUGAGUGCAUCGUAUGGGUUUGAAACCAAAGGAUGAAUGAAGCAUUCAGAGACUUAAUAUUUGAAAAACGGAGACUCUGUAUUUUAUAUUUUAUUACAGGUACUAAUAUUUAUAAAAAUAAACUAUACCAUGCUGCUACAUGUUUUCAAGUACAUGUUGAAUAAUAAGGAUUGGGGAGUUGUUUUUUUAAUACUAGUCUAAAGCAGCAACUAUAGAAAUGUUGAACUAAAAUUCCACAUCCGGACACACCUUCAUAAUUUGUCAUUUGAAGACUUUUAAAAAUCAUUAUUAAAUAAUAGGUACUUUUAGGCUCUGAAGAUCAUGUAGACCAGAGCAAGUUAAAGUUUGGUUUGGGUCACUAUUCAUUGUCAGAGUUUAUUGGAAUGCUUAAAUUAUGUUUGAUAAAUGAACAUUCAUCCUCAGCUUUAUUUUCAGAUGCUGAAGUGUUUGGGUAAUGAAGUCUAACUUCAGGUUGAACUUUCUCAUGCUUAAUCUCAGGCUAAAUGUAAAGGAUAUUUGUAAAGUCUGAAUAAAAUUCUGUUUACUAAUUUUGAGUUAAGUAUGAAGAAAAGUGAUUGUAUGUUUAAAAAUUGAAAGCAUUCAUUUUGUGAUAAAUGUUUGAUUCCGUUGAGAGAUUCCGUUGCCAUUUUUGAAUUCUGUAUUGUUCCAUUUCGGUGUGAAGUGAUUUGCUCUUUUUAUUACUCUGAAAGAGCAACAGAGAGAGAAGACAUUAAUAGAACUACACAUAU